ACAAAUGUCGAAAACACUGUCAAGAACUGCUACAGUUUUCAAAUUUUGAUGACCAUGGGUGACAAAACAAUGUUCGAGGGUAGCCUUGACAGUCUACCCGAGCAAGAGUCUUUGGUCGUUCGGGUGUUUCUAAGUUCAACUUUCACUGAUAUGUCAUCAGAGAGAAAUGAAAUAAUGAAAAUAGCUGUUCCAGAGUUAAGGAGCUUUUGCAGAGAGAAGGGCCUAGAGUUUGAGAUUUGCGACAUGAGAUGGGGUGUGAGAGAUGAUGCAUCCAUCAGCCAUUCCACAUCAGAUAUUUGUCUCAAUGAGUUAAAAAACUGCCAGAGGAUAUCCAGAGGACCUAACUUUGUGGCAAUUUUAGGUGAUAAGUACGGGUAUUGUCCAUAUCCAGCCAAACUGCUUGAGAAGGAGUUUGUCAAACUGCGUGACAUCAUAGCUGAACAGAGUGAUUCUGACCUCCGUCUCAUUGAGAAGUGGUUUAAAAAAGACACCAAUUGUACUCCACCUAUGUACAUCCUCCAGCCAAUCACUGAUAUUCUGCAUCACUAUGACAAUACAGAUCCAGAAAAUAAAGAGCUAUUUGAAAAGCAUCAAGAAGAAUGGAAGCAGAUUGAUGGGGAGUUGUUCAGAAUCCUUCAUACUGCUGCAGAGAAUGCCUGUAAACAAGGAUUGAUGACUGCUGAGGAAAGACGUUCUUACCAGAGAUCAAUCACUGAGCAUGAGGUAACACAGGGCAUUUUAAAUGCUGAGGUGAAGAAAAACAAAGUGCUGUGUUUUACACGAGACAUCAUUGACCUGGACAUCACAGACUCUUUAGCUGGAAGGUAUAUUGACAUGAAUGCAGAUGGCCAGGUGAAAGACCAGUGUGUAGAAUUAUUGAGACAGCUAAAAACUGAGAAGCUGGAUGUUUGCUUAGGUAAGGAUCAGCUAAUAAAGCAUGAGGUGAGAUGGAGACCUGAAGGGGUGAUCCCUGAGGACGAGGAACAUGCAUUGUACCUGGCCACUCUUAGAGAGGUGUUCAUUAACAAGAUGAAGGAUAUGAUCAUAGCCUCACUUUCACAGCAGAGGUCAAAAGGUCAUGAACUUUAUAAUGAGGUUCUCCACCAUGCUCAUUUCUGUAAACGGAAAGGCGAGGAUUUUCAAGGGAGGGAGCAACUCAUCAAAGACUUGCAGACGGCCUUCCAGGAAAUUUGGGAGACAGAAGAUCCAGCAAAAACUGAAGGGAAAGGAAAGGCCAAGAAGGAAAGUGGCAGAAAUCUUGCACGAGAAGAAGAUAGUGACAUUGGUAGCGAUGUUGAUGGAGUGCAGGAAGAUUCAGAAAUGUCUGAAUUAGAGCGCCAGGAAGUGAUCAGAGAACAAUACGUUGCCAUGAAAGAUCCGCUGAAACAGUGGGGCAUAAGCUUCAGUAUGGAAGAGUACAGCGAUCUCAGCGACCCAAAUAAAGACGUCAAAGCGGAGUCCCUGAGGACUGUGAGAGAGUCUGUCCACACUAAGCCACUGGUGGUGUAUGGAGAGUCAGGAUGUGGGAAAACAGCCCUUAUGGCCAAGCUUGCUGAGGUGAUCAAGAAAGAGACACCAGAGUCGGUUGUGUUGGUCAGGUUCCUGGGCACCUCUCCUCAGAGCUCCUCCAUCCGUGACACGCUGGUCAGCAUCUGUCACCAGAUCCACAAGAUCUUCGACCUUGAACCACUCAAGUUUGACCUUCAAGAUAACUUCCCGUUUUUGGUGCAGUAUUUCUCAGCUUUGUUGUGGAGGAUCAAGUCAGUCUCGAAACCUCUUUACAUCCUUCUCGACUCGCUGGAUCAGCUUCAGCCCUCUGAUCAUGCAUUUUCAUUGAACUGGUUGCCCACACAGCUGCCUGACAACGUCCAUAUUGUAUUAUCCACUUUACCAGAAAUGCAUGGAUUGAUGACCACCCUGAAAAAUCACCUAAUGGAAGACAAGCUGUUUUUUGAAGUGUUGCCCUUGCCGAUGACAGAUGCUAGCGACCUGCUGUUAAAAGUUUGGUCCAGAUCAGUGGGUCGACAAUUCACACAGCAACAACGACAGCUCUUGAAAGACAAAGUAUCCUCUGGAGCUGCACCAUUGUAUCUGAAACUUCUGUUUUAUCAGGCCGUGAAAUGGCACUCUUAUACAGACGUGGUUGAUGUUGACUUGGGAUUGACAGCUCAGGCUGCAAUCAACAAGCUUUUUGAUGACUUAGAGAUUCUGCAUGGGAAAACACUGAUAAGUCAUUCCUUUGGCUACAUCUCUGCUGCCAAGAAUGGCCUGAGUAACCAGGAAAUGGAGCACCUGUUGUCUCUUGAUGAUGAGGUAUUACAGGACAUCUACCUGUAUCACCUGCCUCCUAACGAACAUGUCAUCACAUUACCUUCCCUGAUCUGGAGGCGUGUCGUCUACGACUUAGGCGAAUACCUUGUGGAAAGACGAGCGGACGGACGCUCCAUAAAGGCUUGGUAUCACAGGCAGUUUCAGCAAGUGGCAGAGGAGCGCUAUUUGCAAGGCGAGGUGAAGGUCAAAGUUCACUCAGCUAUGGUGGAAUAUUUCCUGGGGGUAUGGAGUGAGAAGCCCAAACCUCUAGAUCUGUACAAGAUGAAAAAGCGAUAUUACCCCGAUGCCCAUCGUCAGGUUCCCGAUCAGCCUCUGCUUCUGGGGUCAUCCGUGUUUAACCUGAGAAAACUGACAGAGCUACCCCAUCAUCUGGUCUACAGCCAAAAGCUGACAGAGUUCAGGGCCUUGGUUGGCUGUAAUUUAGAGUGGUUGUACACGAAGUGCAAAGCUGUGGGGCUCUCUGAGACACUAGAUGAUCUACAGCUGGCUAUUUCUGCAGGGAAGGAAAUGAACAAGGUUGACAAGAUAGGUGACAUCAUAGCUGACCUCCAAUUUGUGACUGACGUGCUUCUUCUAGGAAAUGACAACAUUAGGGAAAAUCCAGUCAAUGUAGGUGUGCAGAUCCUUGGCCAGCUAGGUACAGGUAGCCAGAAGUCCCCUGCCUUACAGACCUUGGUCAAAGAGGCCAGGGAGUGGUGCGGCUCCCACCCUCACCCUGUACUGGUGCCCCAACACCCCUGUCUGCCCUCACCAGGUGGCCACCUAAGACUGACCAUCAAUGCCUACUUGCAGACUCCAGGAGCUUUCCGUAACUCAUCAAUUUUACGCACCUGUCUGGCUCUGCGUGAGGACACUAACAGCCUCCUGGUGGUGGAGAUGGGUGGCAAGGUGCACAACUCUGACACCCUCAAAACCUAUGAUCUGGAGGAUGGGCAGUCUGUGGCCACAACAGUACUUAGCAACAGGAUGUGUAACAUCAGACUGAUAGACUCAGACAGGUAUAUUCACUUGGAGUGGACAGGUGACAGGGAUGAUUACAACCCCACCUGUUACCAACGCCUGAUCUACACCAGCUCCACCACUCUCGUCCCUCUACCCAAAGAUAUCAGCUGGCUGAGUCUGUCACCAAGUGGAACUACUUUUGCUUACGCUGUUGGAAAUAAUGUUUUUGUGCGACGCGGUGAUUCCAUUCUAAAAUCAAGAAGAGUAACAAAGGAAGUAAAAUUAAGUCAAACUGAUUCCGUAACACACUUGGUUAUCUCCCCUGAUGACAAUUAUCUCGUCACAACAACACUAGAAAAUAAACAGUUUGUCUGGGAACUGGAAACUAACAGCUGUCUCCAUGAAUUGGGAAGUGCAGAGAAAAGUUUUGCCGGCAGCAGCAAGGACCUGCACUGCGUUCACAUCACCAAAAAGAACUGGUUGAUCUGUCCCGGGCUGAAUUACAAUACAAGGAACCAGAUUUAUGUGACAAAUAUAGAAACUGGGGAAAAAGUGUGUGAAUUAAAGGGAGCAAGCAGCCAUUACAGUAUCGAGUUAAUACGUAUAAAUCCUAGAGAAAAUAUCGUCCUUCUGGCAACUCGUGACGACUGUGUGAUCAACGGCAUUGAGGAUAAGUGGGGGAUGCUGUGGAACCUGGAAUCUGGAACGUUGUUGUCACAGUGCUCUGCUGUCAAUGGCCCUUACACUGAGGUCAAACUGGUCGAGGAUGGUGACGAUAUGUUUGUUAUCUUGUGUGAAAAGCGCAGCCCUGUCAUCAAUAUCCUGUGGGCUGGAUCGGAGUCGGAUCCGUUAGAGACGGCGGUUUUGGUCCAUGUUCUGGUAGCCCACAAUGAUUCUAUCAUACAGCUGGUCCUGAACGAGGACAUACUGGUGUCAGCUUCACAAGACAACACUGUGAAGGUGUGGGACUUCAGAGAGAUCAGGGCGGAGCUUCAGAGCCGGGUGCAAACAGCGGAAUCACCAGAGGAAGCCAAGUUUUGCCCAUCCUUAGAGGAAGGAAAGCUACCAGUGCCGGGUAGGGAUCAGAUCAAAACCACAGCCAUGGUAGUCUGCGAGAACCGAGCUGUGGUUGGCAGCAAGGAUGGGUUCCUGAUAUUUUAUGACCUGGUCACCUGCACACAGUUGGGUCACAUCAGGCCAUGCACAACUGAGAUCAUUGGUAUACUGGUUACGAAGAACAAACAGCAUGUUGUGGCUGCAUCUCCUAAGUCACUUUUCAUACUGGAAUCUAAUGGAGAUACUAUUAUCAGGGAAAUCACUGCCCCAAAGAAAAUCAACUGUUUAUCAGAGGCAAGUGACAUCAUAGUGGCUGGUCAUGGAGGGAUGGAAGCAUAUGGUUAUGCCUGGAAUCUACACACAGGUGAAUUGCUUGCCAAGUUUCAAGGACUGUAUGGUUUUCACUGGAUAGCCAUUAAUUCCAAAGGAACUCAUCUUGGAGGUUCAUUCUUUGAGUAUCCAGUCCUCUAUUCAGUGGAGUCAGGUGAUAUCCUGACAGCCCUGGACAAGGCUGAUGUGAUGAUGUCAUCACAGUCCUUCCUGGUGUUUAGCCCAGAUGACCGCUACCUCGCUGGCGGAUCCACUGACGGGAGCGUCCGGGUUAUUGAUGGCCAAAAGGGAAAAUACCUCUGCCGCUUUCAGCAACUCUCCUCAGCCAUACAGGGCUGUUUUUCACCAGACAGCAAUAUUUUGGUCACGACCGGUUUCCGCACGUUGUUCUUGUGGUCAAUGGAACAAGGUACUUUGUUAUGGUCACUUUCUCGGCACCACGACUUUGUGGUCAAGCUGAAGUUUUGUCUGGAUGGACGGUAUCUGGUGACCUCCUCCAAAGACAAGAGAAUUGUGGUUUGGGAUUGGAAGCAUUUAUACUCAGUCUGUGAUCACAUGGCUCACUGUCCAAUAGAUGUCAUGGAUGUGGCAGACGAUCUGACAUCGGUUAUCUAUGCUCCCGAUAGCGUCAGUUAUGUAGCUAUUCUCAAACCUAACCCGUACAUGACCCAAAAGUUGAAUGGUCAGAUACAGCACACUCUGGCAUCUCGUUUCCAUGACGCCCAAGCUGUGGCCCUCUCAUUCUCCAGUCAGGGCCUGACAAGGGAGACAACUAGGGCUUGUAUUCUCCUGUAAGUCUAUAUGAUGUUAAGUUUGUUACGAUAGAUACUAUAAUCUAGACCACAUGGUCUGUAAAGAGUACGUAAAAUAGUGGUCAAGGACAGAAUAAAUGCUUAAAAAAACAAAAAAAAAACAUCAUGGAAUCUGCAGGAAAGUGCUGUGAUUUUACAUUCUGUACUGCAUUUUUAUAGUAUGUAUUUACACGUUUUGAACUUGUUCUGGUGGUGAAACUUUUAAAUUGGUUUAUUCUCCUGUAACCAUAACAACAUUGAAAUAUGUUCAGUUUAAUAAUGAGAUUAUGCAGGGAUAGGCUCUGAUUUUACAUUCCAUUAUGUACUUUUUGCAGUAUAUUUCUACGCAUGUUUUUAUAGUGAUUUUCUUAGUGAAACCUUUAAGCCAGUUAAACUGUGUUACCACUUUAACUCAGAGCAUCUCUUUGAUUUGAACAUAUUUGGCAUUUGUGUGUAUCUUAUAAAUGACAAACUUAUUCAAAUUUAGCUAGAAACAUUCCAAAAUGUAUAUAAGGGUAUGGGUAUAUUAUUAGACAAACUCAUUAGUCAUAUCAGUUUCUUCUAAAAUUUGUGACACCUUGUGUGCUCAUUUCAGCCAAUACCUGUGUAACAGUCUAACAGGAAUAUUGAGUUUCCUUUUUCUCACGUGGUUAAACCAUCUAAUGAACAACAUUGAAUAUCUUCUCUUUUCCAAAAGGCUGGUAAAGAUAUGUAAUAUUCUGCUUUCAACACUACUAAUAUCUGUCGCAAAUUUUAGAAGAAAUAGGGUAUUGGUACGUAA